GCAGCGGCGCGGGGAGCCCGACGCAGGGGCGCGGGGAGCCGGGCGGAGCGGGGCGCGGGAACGCGGAGACCUGCAGUGCCGCGCCGACGGCCCCGCGAACGGGAUGGGGCGCCGCGUCGCCCCCGGUCCCGGCCCGCCGCCCCCCUGGCCCCGGCUCCCGCAGCUGCCGUUGCUGCUGCUCGCGCUGGCGGCCCGCGGGAGCUGGGGCGCGCCCACAUCCCGCGCGGAAGACCUCAGCUUGGGAGUGGAGUGGCUGAGCAAGUUCGGCUACCUGCCUCCCACAGACCCCACAAGAGGGCAGCUGCAGAUACGGGAGGAGUUGACCAAGGCCAUUGCGGCCAUGCAGCGGUUCGGAGGGCUGGAGGCCACCGGCAUCCUGGACGAGGCCACCCUGGCACUGAUGAAGACCCCUCGGUGUUCCCUCCCUGACCUCCCGGCUGCGGCCCCAGCUCGAAGGAGGCGCCAGGCUUCAGCUCCAGCCACGUGGAACAGGAGGAGCUUGUCCUGGAGGGUCCGCACAUUCCCACGGGACUCGCCCCUGGGCCGCGACACGGUGCGGGCGCUCAUGCACUACGCCCUCAAAGUCUGGAGCGACAUCACGCCCCUCAACUUUCACGAGGUGGCGGGCAGUACUGCGGACAUCCAGAUCGACUUCUCCACGGCCGACCACAACGACGCCUACCCCUUCGACGGCCCCGGCGGCACGGUGGCCCACGCCUUCUUCCCCGGCGACCACCACACCGCAGGGGACGCCCACUUCGAUGAUGACGAGUCCUGGGCCUUCCGCUCGUCAGAUGCCCAUGAUAUGGACCUGUUUGCGGUGGCUGUCCACGAGUUUGGCCACGCCAUCGGGCUGAGCCAUGUGGCGGCCGCGAGCUCCAUCAUGCAGCCCUACUACCAGGGCCCGGUUGGCGACCCUCUGCAUUACAGGCUCCCCUAUGAGGACAGGGUGCGGAUCUGGCAGCUGUACGGCGUGCGGGAGUCCGUGUCCCCCACGGCACAGCCAGACACCCCGGAGCCCGAGGAGCCUCCGCUCCUGCCAGAGCCCCCUGACAAUCGGUCCAGCACCCCGCCCAGGAAGGACGUGCCUCACCGUUGCAGCACUGACUUCGACGCAGUGGCCCAGAUCCGCGGCGAGGCCUUUUUCUUCAAAGGCAGGUACUUUUGGCGGCUGACACGGGACGGGCACCUGGCGUCGCUGCAGCCCGCGCAGAUGCACCGUUUCUGGCGGGGUCUGCCCCUGCACCUGGACAGUGUGGACGCCGUGUACGAGCGUACCAGCGACCACAAGAUCGUCUUCUUCAAAGGAGACAGAUACUGGGUAUUUAAGGACAAUAACGUAGAGGAAGGAUACCCACGGCCCGUCUCAGACUUCGGCCUCCCGCCGGGCGGCGUCGACGCUGCCUUCUCCUGGGCCCACAAUGACAAGACUUAUUUCUUUAAGGACCAGCUGUACUGGCGCUUCGAUGAGCACACACGGCGCAUGGACCCCGGCCACCCUGCCCGGAGCCCCCCAUGGAGGGGCAUCCCCAGCACGCUCGACGACGCCAUGCGCUGGUCUGAUGGUGCUGCUUACUUCUUCCGCGGCAAGGAGUACUGGAAGGUGCCGGACAGCGAGCUGGAGGCCGCGCCCGGGUACCCGCAGUCCACAGCGCGGGACUGGCUGGUCUGCAAAGACCCACAGGCGGACCCGGAGGGUGCGGGCAGAGAGGCCGGGGCCCAGGCCCGGCCAGGGCAACAGGGCCAGAGCCGCGCAGAGGACGCCUUCGAGGUCUGCUCCUGCACCUCGCCCGCCUCCCCUCCCCCAGGGGCCUCAGGCCCGCUGCUGGUGGUCUCAGUGUUGCUGCCCCCGAGCACCCUGUGGACAGCGGCCCGGGCCCUGGUGCCCUGACGGCCGCCAGCCCGCGAGAGGGCAGGGGGGGUCACAGCUGGGGCCUCACAGGGCCAGGGCGGGCGCCCCCACCCCCCACCCCCGGUGCCCGGACCAAGAGCUCCUGCCGCGCCACACGUGGCCUUGGGGGCCCCGCCGGGUGGACAAGGACGCACUGCCGCCUGGUGGUGCCCUGCGGGCUGUGAAGAGGCCAGCAGAGGGCGGUGCCGCUCAGCCACCCGCCCAUCCUUUCCUGCUCCCACCCCGUCCCCACCCCCACCCCCCCCCACCCCCCCGGGGAACGACUGUCCCACCGGGCUGGGGACCGGAGCCGUCCUUCCGGCCCGCGCACAGCUAUCUCCAGAACUCUAGCGAUGAGCCCAGGAGGCAGGGCUGGGAGGGCGCGGGGUGGCCCCUCUGCCCCCAGCCUCGCCGGCCCCCGGGACAGACCCUGGGACAGCCCCCUGGCUGGCGGCACCACCGUCCCCGACCCACGCCCAGACUGCUGCCCCUGGUGCUUCCGCCCACCCCCGGGGGCCUGCGGUUGCCUGGCACAGGGCAGUCUCUAACCCGCAGAUGAGUCCCCCAAGCUGCGGCCGAGGCCGGUCCCCCUCCUGACGCAUUUCAGACAAACACGAUCUCCCUGCUUCCUGCUGGCUCAGCCUCGGCUCCCUGAUGCCCUGCGGGCAGGCGGGGGCCACGGGUGAAUGUCCUCAGGGGCCUGGAGGGGUGGUUCAGACCCAGCCCCAGACCCUCCUGCGCUUGGGAGGGGUGGGGGCUUCCAGGGAGAGACCGGUGCCCCCCUGGCGUUCGCCGACCCCUUCCUGUCUAGCUCCGGCUGACCCUGCCGCUGCCCCCGUCCUUACACCCGUUUCCCAGGCAGGGGGCUGAGGCCCUAGCACGUUUGCCCAGUGCUCGCUGACGGAGCCCCUCCCUGCGUGCACGCACUCCCUGCCUGAGCGGACGUGCAGAACGCGCCAGUGCCCAUUCUCGGUGAGGCACCCGGGACACCAGCUGCCAAAACCAGGCAGCCACCCGACAGGAAGCGCAGGGAGGCGGCUGGGCGGCCAGUGGAGGGACCGCCCUCCCACCCGGAGACACAGUGGGAGCCGCACCCCCCGUCAGGAGACACGGCCUGUGCCGGAAGCUGGGGUGGGUGGCCUACCCCCCAGCUGCUGCCCCUUCCUCACCCAAGCCCACACCCCCCUCUGCUCCUGUGGUAGGCCCCGCCUCAUCCCCAGGGAGGGGUGGCGAUCCCUGAUUGCAGAGGUGCUCACAGGCCUGAAGGGAGUGCACAGAGGGCCUGCCGGGCCAUGUUAGAGCAAGCGUCCCCAAGAGCCCCGGCAUCCCCUGGACCUGGUGGAAUGCAGAUUCUCGGCCCUGCCCCCACGACCAGAGCACAGUGGGCGGGGCCGGCCGUGUGUGUGUCAACCCUCCACCUCCGUAUGUGACGUGCUCUCUCCUGGGGCUCCAGAGAGCCUGCCCCAGCAGGAUGGGCAGAACCUGAGGGAGGAGUUGGUCGUGCAAUCAGAUGGAAGAGGCAGGCCAGGAAAGGAGCAGCAGGUGUGACUGUCGGGGCAGAGGGACCCAGGAGGCAGGGCCAGCCCAUGGGGGAUCCCCCCUGCAAAAUGGGGGUCAUCCAGUCCCCCACCCCCCCUUCUCCACCACUGGCUCUCAGAGGAGAGUGCAGACACCUGUAGCCCCAAGCCCCUCCCCACCCGACACCUAGGCCAAAGAGGCGGGUCCGGAGCCCACCCUGGACGCAGAUGCAUGGCAGCCCCCUCCGUCUAUCUGCCCUGUGACCCGCGGAGCUGGGAGGGGUCUCUGCCUGUCAGACGGGCAAGACGGACCAGAGGUCCUUCUGGGGAGCAGGCUGCCCAGCGUGGUCCCACUUUGUUCUCCUGCAGCUUUGGGGGAGCCCCCCCAGGCCCUUGUGUGGGUGGGAAAACAGCCCAGAGAGGGUCCCCAAUCCCCAGGGUGCACAGCCCAGGGCUCUCAAUGUGGGCGGUGGUCUUAGUGCUGGGUCAAAGCCAAAGGCUCUUCCUUAAAACUUUCCUGCCGUUACGGGCCACGUGAAGAAAACAGCGGGAAUGUCCCGGAAUGGUGCUACCCACACAGUCCUUCAAUGUAGCUGAGUCACCAUCUGGACACCCGGACAUUUUGUGAUGAAUUCGGGAUUUUCGGGCAGUCUCUGUUUCGACCCCGGGCUGUGCUGGCUUUGCUUGGGGAGGCUGUGCCCCCUGGGGAAGGAGCAGCCCGGGGACAGGCCCAGAGAGCCCUCCGAGAAAGGCCAGAGGACUGGCCCCACGGCGGCAAGGUUGAGGACCCCACUCGCGGCGCGCGCAGGGCCCCGGUGCUGGCUGGCCUCCGCGUGCCUACCUCGUGAGCGGACGUGCACAUCUCCGCGUGGGUGGGUAGCGAGUUUACAAAACACGGCGCACAGGGGACCUCAGGGUCCAGAACACAGCGGCUCUGAACCCCCGGCCCCUUGCAGGUGGGGGAAGAGGAUGCAUGGCUUAGCUCAGGCUGUGCGGCCAGCGCCACGGACGGGGCCCAAACAGCAGACACAGCUCUGGAGCCCGGACUCCGGCCGACAGGCGCUGGUGGCUUCCGUCCGCCGAGAGCCACGUCCUGGCUCACAGAUGGCACGUUCCCGCUGUUUGUGUGAGAAAGAACGAGUCCUGAGCUCUGCACAAGGACACUGGUCCACGGAGGCCCCACCUCUGUGACCUCCCCUAAUCUCACCACCCAGAGCCCCCCCAAAUGCCAUCCUGCUGGGGGCGGGGCUCCCACCGGCAGACUCGGGGAGACACAAACAUUUGGUGGACACGUGGGAGCGUGGGCCAGAGCACCAAGCCUGCAUCAUGGGUGCCACAAGGCCAGACUCAGCCCUCGGCCACCCCGCACCCUCUCCCACCACCUUCCCUGGGAGCAGGCUGGGGGGCUUGGGGGGCUUGGGGGGCUCAUCACCCCAAAGAAUAGUUGCGAUGGUACGGUUCUGGUCCUGUUCUGCACUUUACAAAUACAAAC